GCCGUGACGUCACGCCGCUCCCAGCAGCCCCCGCGCACAAGAUGGCGGCGCGGGGCGGCGGGCGGUGAGCGAGGGGCGGCAGUGGCCGCGGGCCGCCAUGACCUACACGGCCGAGCAGCUGGACGGGGUGCAGCGGAUCAAGCGGUGCCGCGAUUACUACGAGAUCCUGGGGGUGAGCCGCGACGCCGGCGAGGAGGAGCUGAAGCGGGCCUACCGCAGGCUGGCCCUCAAGUUCCACCCCGACAAGAACCGCGCGCCCGGAGCCACCGAGGCCUUCAAAGCAAUAGGCAACGCUUUUGCAGUGCUGAGCAACCCUGAGAAGCGGCUGCGCUACGAUGAGCUGGGCAGCGACCGCGAGCACGUCAGCGCUGGCCAGGCCAGGCACUACAGUUACUACACAGAAUUCGAAGCAGACAUCACACCCGAGGAAAUAUUCAAUGUGUUUUUUGGUGGGCACUUCCCUACAGGGAAUAUCCACAUGUUCUCCAAUGUAGCCAGAGAUGCUCACUAUUACCCACGGAGGCACCGGGCUGAGAGGGCGUGGACUCAGGAGCCAGAGGAGGAGGAGCACAGGCCACAGAAUUCAUACUCUGCAUUUAUCCAGUUGAUGCCAGUUUUCAUCAUCAUAAUAGUGUCAGUUAUAACCCAGCUGAUGGCCACCAACCCACCCUACAGCUUAUUCUACAAAUCGUCCAUAGGCCACGUUGUCAGCAGAGAAACAGAGAACUUGCAGGUGCCUUACUAUGUUGAUAAAAACUUUGAAAAGAAUUAUCAAGGAGCAGAACUUCAAGAGCUUGAGAAAACAGUUGAGAAAGAUUACAUAGACUACAUUCAGACCAGCUGCUGGAAGGAGAAACAGCAAAAGUCUGAUUUGUCCAAUUUGGCCAAGCUCUACAGAGAUGAGCGGUUAAAACAGAAAGCAGAGUCCCUGAAACUUGAGCACUGUGAGAAGCUCUCCAGUCUGAUUGGGAUGCACAAAGGGGGCUGAGCAGGAUGCACACCCAAUGUACUUUUAUUUAUUGCUGUUUUCACUUAGGUUUUUCUUUUCCUCCAUGUGAAAAGGGAAGGAGUCUGUUGUAAAGUCUGGAUAUUGGAGUCCCUCUGCAGGGAGGGGCCAGCACGAGCUGCAGGGCUGCUGUUGCUGUAAUAUAUCCUGUACAUUAGAUUUGGUUCCAAGGACCAGUGACACUUUGUAAAUUCAUUCCCCAGGACACUGAGCUCAGACCCGUCUGCCUGGGUGCUUUGUCUGCCCUCCAGGCUGUGUGUGCUUCCCAGGAGAGCAGGCUCCUCCCUGCUUCCCACGUUUCCUGUGAUCUGCAGCUCCCUGGAUCCCCGGGCAGGGGCUGCCUGUCACCUCCCCCUGUCCGUCGGGCUGUGCCACGGGGCUGGGGUGGUUCCCGUGCAGGAGGGACAGUCCCUGCCCCAGGGGAGUCACAUUCCCAGCUCUCCAGGGAGGGCUGUGCCCAUCCUGACACCAGCACGGCAGUCUGGGAAUUGCAGCCAGCCCAGUGUCUGCCAGACUGUUGGGAGAGCAGAACUGUGCUCAUUCUCUCCUCUGUUUCCAGUGGCAUAUUUUGAAGCUGGCUAUUACAUUCUGGUUUUUAUCUGCACACUCCCCCAGCUCUCCCCAGGGCCCUGCUUUUUUCCAGUACAGUUCUCAUGUAGCAUAUUUUUACUCUGUUGAGCAGCUAUGAAUGUUUCACUGUAGACAUGAUAUUGCAAAGAAAAAGAUCCAUGUGGCAAUGUCCUGGUUUUUCUUGAUCCUCCUUUACACAGCCAGGCCUUGAAGGGCAGGUUGAUGCUGGGCUGUCCUUGUGAGCAGCAGGCCAGUGUUAGACCAAGGUCAGGCUGGUGUUGCCCAUCAGGCAGGCUGGUGUGUGCCCUACAUGGAAUGAGCUGCUUUUCCAGGGAAUUCCUGCCUGUGUGGGGGCUCCCAGAGCAGCACUGCUCCCCCCUGACCCUGGGAAUGGCAGGCAGGGACACCUGAGCAAGGCUCUGCUGCUGCCUCAUGCUGAAACUCGAGUCACACAGGAGGCACAGGUGGCCUUGGCUGAAGCCUAGGGAGGUUUCAAAAGCUUGGGAAAUGCCAGGAUUAAACCUGCCUUUAAAGCUCAGACUGUGUGCUGAGCUCUGAUGCAGUGCUGCAGGAGUCCCACUGGAUGGAAUUGGGGGUGUUGGUGCCACAGUGUGUCCCCUGCAUGUCCCUGUCCCAUCCAUGCUGCUCUGGGAUGUUUGGCAUGAAAGGAAGCUGGAAUAAAAAACUUUUCUGGGUUCUGCAUGAGGAUGAGGGGUUGGUUUGAGGUCUGGUGCUUGAACAUGAACCCUAAACAUCCCAGCUGGGAGGAGAACAUUCCACAGACAGCAACAGUGCUGUGGUGGGAUGUCAUAAAAAGGAGAAAAGCAACAUAGUGACUCUCCAAAUCGCAUUUUUAUACCCCAUUUGUAGGAAACCUUGUUAGGAAUGAGGGGAAGUUGAGUAGAAUUUUUGGGGUACCUGGAACAGGAGAAGCACCAGUGAAAAGAGCAUUUUGAAGGGGUUGGUGUGGACCCAACCACACCAAUUCUUAGUGCCAGAUUUUAAGGGCAAGAAUGGGUGAUGAUUCCAGUUUGGUGGCUGGCAGAGCAGGCAGCCUUGAUUCUGGUAUUUCCCACUUUUGAGCACAUGAGUGUACAAAAAGUGAAAAUAAUGUUGCUUUUUAUAUAUUGAAUAGCUUGUAGAAUAUCUUAGAAAUCUAUUAGAGUGGUUGGACUUCGUUGCAGAGUUGGGAUGUUCCCUGUCAUUCCUGGGAGGCUGUAGAGGGAUGCAGGCAGGGAGAUGAAAUCCAGAGACUUCCCAGACUCACAGUGUCCUGCACGGAGCUCGAACUCCUCCACAGCGUUUUGCACUGAAACCAGAUUGUACCUUUCAUCCAAAGAUCUCGAGGACUUGAUGGAGACCUCCUGUGGGAAGCACAAUCAGCUGGGAAAUGCAGGAGGGAGGUAAAAGCAUCCCCAGAAGCAAUAAGUGUUUGUUCCAGGCAGGGUCGGGGUGCUGUGAGGGAGGGCGCGGGAGCUGUGCGGUGACAAACGGGACAAGUUGUGUUUGCUCGGCGCUCCGCGGGGACAGGGAGAAUCCCUCUGGAGCCCCGGUGUGGAACUGCACGGCUGAAAUGAUCCGCAGGGUACUUGGGACUGGCUGUGGGGCUGUGGCGGGAGGAGAGGCGGCUCCUGGCUGCGCCAAGCGCUUGAACGCGGGUUUGUGUGUGUGUAUAUUUAUUUAUUUUUAAAUUAAAGACGUGACAUGGCUGUGC